GCCGGUGACGCGCAGUGCUGCAUGCGAGAGGAGGCGAGGGGAUCAGAUAUAUAAAUGACGCGCUGACGAUAAAUGGAAUAACUCAUUUUUUUGUUAACAUACUUUCACCAUUGGAAGAACCUUUCAUACAUUUGGGCAGAGGCUACGGAUAAUUAUAAGGAUUAUUGUAUUAUUAUAGGACGACACUGCCUUACUGGAAACAAUUCCUGUACACUGUUCCAAAGAAGUGUUGGGAUACUUGAUCUAUUGUUUUCUCUUAUUUAUUUUUUAUAUUUUUGCCAGUGUUUUUUUGAACCAGUGAAACUUUGGUGCGGCUAUGGCCAAGUGGGGAGAAGGGGACCCCCGCUGGAUAGUAGAGGAGCGGUCCGACGCGACCAACGUGAAUAACUGGCAUUGGACGGAGCGCGAUGUGACGGCCUGGUCCACAGACAAGCUGACGGAGCUCCUGGUGGGCUGUCGGGUGGAGCGGGACGGGGCCAGCUGUCGGCUGACGGAUGUCACCAAGCUGGAGGGAGAGGCCUCCAUCAACAACCGCAAAGGGAAACUCAUCUUCUUCUACGAGUGGGUGAUCAAAGCCUCCUGGAUGGGAACUACCGCCAUCGGUAUCAAGUACAAAGGAACGCUGGAGGUGGCAAACCUUUCUGAUGAGAACGACAUGGAUGACCUGGACAUCUCGGUGAGUCUGUGUAAAGACGAACCGGUCACGCCUCUCCUCGGGCUGAUGAAGAAGGAGGGGGUCGAGAGGGUCCGCAAAGCUCUGGGAGAAUACGUGACCCUCCUCAAAUCAGCCUUCUCUCAUGGGAUGAUCCUUCCUACGGCGAGCGGACCCGGCCAGCCUCCACCAGCGCCCACGCCCAAACAGGUCACCACCAGCCGAACUCAGAUCUCCUCCAGUGUGCCGGCCAAAGCUGUGCCCCAGGGCCCCCAGCAGGGGAGCGGCAGUACUGCAGGGGUCAGGAUCUCCACCUGCAGCUUCAGUCUGAAGGAGACGUUCCUCACGUCACCCGAUGAAUUGUACCGCACCUUCAUCAACCAGGAGUUUGUGCAGGUCUUCACCCUCUCAGCGGCCCAGGUGGACGGCUGUCGAGGAGGAAAGUUCCAGAUGUUGGACGGGAACGUGAACGGAGAGUUUUCUGAGCUGAUUCCAGAUGAAAAGAUUGUCAUGAGGUGGAGAUUCAAGACCUGGCCAAGUGAGCACUACGCCACCAUCACUCUGCGUCUGAAGGGCGUGGGGGACGAGACGGAGCUCAGACUGGACUGUCAGGGCGUCCCCUCUGGGGAGGAGGAGCGGACCAAGGAGGGGUGGAAGAGAUACUACUUUAAAGCCAUCAAACAGACCUUCGGCUACUGAGCCUCACCCUACUGAUGAUCCCGGGGCUCAACAGACUCUCUCUUGAUGUACUACGCAACUGACACCAGGACACAGACACACAGUGUACCAGCACGCUACUGAAACUACAGACAGUCUACUGUCCGGACACAAUAGCACUGCCAGAACACAACACUGAAUGGACAAACUCCUGGAACUCUAUUGACAACAGGUACAAUAGCACUCUACCUAUAAUAUAUUGACACUCUAUUGACUAUCAACACUACCAGCACUACUGAGAGCAGGGGAUAUUUGGAUAAGCAAGUCAUAUUUAACUGGUCAGGUUUUACUAGUGAGAUAGCCCUGCUGUCCCACUAGCAUGUAACAUAAUGUACAACCCCAAUUCCAAUGAAGUUGGGACGUUAUGUAAAACAUAAAUAAAAAACAGAAUACAAUAAUUUGCAAAUCCUUGUCAACCUAUAUUAAAUUGUAUACACUACCAAGACAAGAUAUUUAAUGUUCAAACUGAUAAACUUUGUUGUUGUUUUUGCAAAUAUUAACUUAUUUAGAAUUUGAGGUCUGCUACAUGUUCCAAAAAGCUGGGACAGGUGAGGAAUGCUCACAUUCCACAGGUGAACAGGUUAAUUUGAAAUAGGUCGGUGUCAUGAUUUGGUAUAAAGGAAGCAUCCGUCUUACUUACGUCUGUACACUGAGAAUAGUCAAGACUAGGAUUAUAAUGUGUCCUCUUCAAAUACCCACGGAACAAGAAUGUGAACUGGGAACCAUAGUUAAGGGGUUCCCAAAGCUUUUGAUGCAGUGAACCAUCGGGGGUGUACGCUAGUUCGUUUUGGACCAGGACCUGCAAGACAUUGUGUGCAAUUAAACAAGACAACAAAACAUUCUCAUCACGUCGUUAGGGGUGUCUAUUCGGUCUACUUUGCCUUCAACAAAUUCAUCCUCUACAGCAACAGAGAUUUUAGACCCCAUUUAGUGGGCAGAAAUCACCCACAUCCUGGAUGUCCCCCAUCCUCCCAGUGAGUAGCCUGCAUGAUGAACCAUUGCCGAUGUGACUAAAAUGUAGACCUUAUUUUGGGCUUAAUCCCCUAAAGAUCAAAUCCUACUCUAGAGGAGUGGGGUUGCAGUUGCAUGCAUUUGAAGUCAACUAAUUUAAAUGAAGACUGAUUGAUUCUCUGACACGUCUGUCGGCCUGUAUUUAGAGAAAAGAGACAGGAGCCCUCUAUUGAGUAAUGCCCAUUUAAUGCACGACAACGGACAUGAGGGCCUAAGAUCAUCUGACAUUACAAAGGAGGCGGGGUCAGAGACGGCUGGGAAGAUUUGCCCUGAUGACAAAGAUAAACCUGAUUGCAUGUUUUCGUCCA